ACACUAUGUGUGUCUUGUUAAAAUAUAUAACUUGACAGAAUCGCCAUGGUUUUUGUCGAGGAGUGCCUCGUCUCUAUCAAAAGAAAAGGAAAGAAAAACCCCCAUCUCUCCCGAGCUUCUGUUCUCAAGAUGGCAGUCUCUACUGAUUGUCACAAAGCCCAGCAAGAUUUCCCCAAAGUCCUGAUUCUAAAACCAAUUUCAUUCCUCGCUCACGUUGGUGAACGACACGUUGCAUCUAACAAAUUCACUUUCUUGAAAGCCUAUGACUCCUCACUCCCUCUACACCAAUUCUUGUCCACUCACUCUCCCUCUAUAAAAGCCAUCCUUUCCUCUGUUGGCACACCCAUAACCGCUGACAUCCUGCAGCUGUUGCCAGAGGUCGGUGUGGUUGUCACUACUAGUGUCGGACUUAACCAGCUUGACCUCCCUGAGUGCCGCCGGCGUGGUAUUAAGGUUGCCAAUGCAGGCAGUGUUUUUUCAGAUGACGUGGCUGAUUUUGCUGUUGGGUUGUUAAUUGAUGUUUUGAGGAAGGUCUCGGCGAGUGAUGGAUAUGUGAGGAAAGGGCUUUGGGCUACUAAAGGGGACUACCCUCUUGGUUCUAAGUUGGGAGGCAAGCGAAUUGGGAUUGUUGGAUUGGGAAAUAUUGGAUUUGCAGUUGCUAAAAGGUUAGAGGCUUUUGGGUGCGGUAUCUCAUAUAAUUCCAGGAAGAGAAAACCGCAUGUUUCAUACCCUUUCUACGAAAGUGUCUGUGAACUUGCAGCUAAUUGCGAUGUUCUUGUGAUAUGUUGUGAAUUAACUGACCAAACCCGCCACAUGAUCAACAAGGAAGUGCUGUCAGCAUUGGGAAAGGAAGGUGUCAUUGUAAAUAUCGGACGCGGGGCUAUCAUCAAUGAGAAGGAAAUGGUGCAGUGUUUGGUGCAAGGAGAGAUUGCUGGCGCUGGUUUAGAUGUGUUUGAAAAUGAGCCAGAUGUUCCUGUGGAGCUCUUUGCAAUGGACAAUGUUGUUCUGUCACCACAUAUUGCUGUCUUUACUCCAGAAUCAUUAUUGGAUUUAAUGGACCUCGUGAUGGGGAAUCUGGAAGCUUUCUUCUCAAAUAAACCACUACUUUCUGAAUAUGGGGAUUGAUGGAUGUUUUAAUUAACUCUUCUAUUUGCAGGAAAUAACUGAGUAAUGAACGAGAAAGUUAAUGAGAUGUCAAAGAUGAUGCUGUGCUAUCAGUACUUGAUAGUUGUGUAUAGCCUGUAUUGGAGGGGAAAGUUCUGCACAAGAACCUUUUUAUGGCCAUCAGUGUCGAGUAUAUUAGUUGUUUAAACCUUUAAUCCCUGCCAUUGUUUAUCAAUGACGCUUUAAGCAAGACAUUGAAGAUCGAUACAUAGUCAAUUUCUUAUACUUCAUACGUGUUAAACUCCACGAGGAUGCUGGUCACAUUGAUUGCCUAAGUAUUUGCACUCUAUUUAUGAUCAUUGCUGGAUUAGAUUA